GGGGAUGCGUGGGGUGCGAUGAGCCCGAGUUCGCUGCCUAAGAAGUUUCAGAAAGCUGUAGUCGAUAAACGGGGACUUUUUGCAAGGAGGGAGAGAAGGGAAAGGUACUACACCUAGGAUCCCCAUGGAAAUGCUUGUUUCUUCUCAGGACCCUCAGGGUCAUCUCUGCCUUUUGUUUUCAGAAUAGAGCAUGGAUUUUCAAAUUCCAGAAAAGCAGGACACAUGCAAAAUGUAACAGAAUGACCUUCAAGAGCUCUGUGAAAAAAGAGUACCUGUGGCAGACAUGAUGUGGCAGCAGUUACACUAAAACGUCAUCCACUUUGCAAAAUCUAUUCAGUUUGAUUUGGAAGGCACAGACCACAAGUAGCAUUUGCAAACAUCCAUAUUGCUAACAGCCAUGGUAUGUACCAGAUAGCCAAGAAAGCUGACAUGGUGAAGUUAUAUACAGCAUCCUUGUGACCUUUUUGCAGUUAAGACACAUAUCUGUCCAAUAAAGCCCAGGCCAAAUGACAGUGACAGCUGCCUGGUGGCAUUCAGUUUGAAUUGAACAGGUUUGCUCACAAGUCAGGAGCAAGUAUUUCAUUACAGACUGUGCACCAAGACCAACAUAAGCCCCCAAAAGUGAAACUUUCCCGCAGCAGCUAUGGAAACUGCCCUGGUGGACUGAGAUGCAUUUCACAGGCUCCUCCUUAUCUCCUUGCUUUGACUUUCCUGCCUCCUGCAAGCUGUCAUCCUCUAUUGGCAUUCGCAUGUUGGCGUAGCAAGGGAAGAAAACCUCACUUCAUCUCUCAGGAGGGACACGAGUGUUAUGGGAACUGAGCACUCAAAGAACGAGGGGAGAAGCAGCAUGGUUUUUUUGAGGAAAGGUCCAAAGUUGCCUGCAUGGGAAGAUGCUCUUCUCUCAGGGAAGGAGCCCAAGACACUGCUGAAACGGGGAUUGCGUUAUGUCAGCUUGAGCCUCAUAAUGAAAGGGAUGACCAGCACUCCUGACUUCUUGUGGGGACUGCCUGAGGUGCAGAAACUGAACCUUUCACGCAACCAGCUGGUGGUGAUUCCUCCUUCGCUAGGGAAACUGGACAGGCUGGUAGUGCUGAACUUGGGUGGCAACUGCCUCAAGUGUCUACCUAAAGAGAUUGGGCUGCUGAGGAACCUGAAGGUCUUGUUUGCCAACAUGAAUUGCCUGAAAGAAGUGCCAUCAGAGCUCAGCUUGUGCAGGAAGCUGGAGGUUUUGAGCCUCUCGCACAACUGCAUCUCGCAACUGCCCUUGAGCUUCACUGACCUGACAAGUUUGAGAAAACUGAACCUCAGUAACAACUGCUUUGUGCAAAUUCCCCUCUGCAUUUUUGCAUUGAGGAGUUUAGACUUCCUGCACCUAGGGUCCAACAGGCUUGAAAACAUUGCAGAGAGUGUCCAGUAUCUGGUCAAUCUACAAAUCUUUAUCGUAGAAAAUAACAACAUACGCACCCUGCCACGGUCCCUCUGCUUCAUCACCACUCUGGAGUUACUAAAUGUGGAUUACAAUGCCAUCCAGACCCUCCCGGAUGAUCUGUACCUGCUGCGUCGGCUGCCGCGCAUCGCGUGGAACCCGAUGGACAAAGGCCUCCACAUCGCCCACAACCCCUUGUCACGGCCCCUGCCUGAAGUUGUCGAGGGAGGACUGGAUGUCCUCUUCAACUACCUCAGGGAGAAGAAAGAGCACAACUGAGUUUCCGCUGAGCUUGGGAUUAAGCCUGUCAUCAUGACUCAGAGCACUUUCCUGAACUGGCAUUUCCACUUCAUAACGCUUGGAUUUCGAAAACUGUGGAUGGCUUUAGCCAUGGCUGGAGGAAAGCAAGUAAAGUAUGAUGGUCUUGAUUAAGUGUGUAAAGAGUAGACUUUCUAAAAAUAGCCACCUCUGUAACCUUCAGCAUUGGUGUGCUUGUGUUUUUUAGGGGAAAAAAAAAAAAACAAA